UGAGUUUCACAAGAAUAUUUUAACUGCCAUCGAGGGCACAAGUUCAGUUUCUGAAUGCCCCUUUGUCUGAUGCAGCACAGAGGAGGCAAGCUCCCCCCAUGCCUUUGAGGAAAAGCAGCAAAGUGCUUCCCCAGCACCCUGCACAGCAGUGCUACUGCUACAUUCCAUCUGCGUGCAUGGAGGGCUCUGUGCUGCAGCCUCUGCUCAGCACUCACUGAGGAGGGGGCAGCAGAAGGGCUACGGGGCAGCAUCUCUGUCCUCCCAUGUGAAAAUGCAGCUGGGGGCUGUGGCAGCCACCCUGUCACAAGACUGCAGGGAUGGUGAUGCUUGGGGUGACUCAGAGCUCAUGACCUCAUUUCAUCAGCGUCGUUGGGCAAGAGCAGAACCUCGGGGCAGUUUCAGCCUCCUUCUCCCAGGCAGAUCACUGCCCAUCAGCCCUCCGCGUGAUCCUCCUCUGCCCCCCCCAUUACCCCGAGCAGCAGUGCAUGCCCCAGCCCCUGGUGAGGUGUCAGCCCUCAUCACGGCUCUGUGUGGAGGGAGCAGGGCAGGGUGCUGUGGUAGGAGUGUGUUCCUGGAGCCCUGAGGGCUGUGCCAGCAGCUCAAACGCAGACAGAGGGUGGAAACUCUCAUCUUCCCUCAGCUGCAAAUAAUGGGCUUCUGAAAAAAAAAAAAAGUCUGAAGAACUGAAGCACCCCUGAGGUUGUGUGUCUGAGGUUGUGCUGCCUCAGAACCCCGCUUCCUCCUGGUUCCACCCAGCCCUAAGAGCCUUUCCCCUGCAGGCACAGGGCUGAGCCCCAGGUCUGUGGGCUGCCCUUACUUCAUCCUGCUUGUUGCAUUCAACAUUCUCACAUCCAUCUCUGAAUCUUUUUACCUUUAGUUACAGCUAUUCUGAUUUUGAACUUCUGCUGCUAAUUUGGAGCAGGGAGCACUUCUUGCUGCGUGGUUGUGCAGCCCCAUUGGUUCCUGUGGUGCGUGCAUCAGCUGUGCCUGUGGGCCGGAUCUGCUGCUGACACUGCCUCAAGCUCCAGGCACACGUGGUGCUUUGCAGCCAAGUUAAGCUGUGCUGCUGCUCUCCUUUCCCACACCUGCUGCCUGCACACACGUUGGAGCAUCCCCAGCACUGUUGCUUCUCUGGAGCAGCAGCAGAUAUUUCAGGCAUUUUGCUGCAGCAGCUGAAUUGUGUCAAGCUGCUUCGCACAUCGGAGAGGUGAAGCAGCCCUGCUGAAGGAGCACGGUCAGGGAGGUGCUGCAGCUGCGUGGCGGCACCUCUGGGGGUGCAGGAGCUGUGAGCUCGGGCUGACUCCCCUUUGCCUCAGAUUCCUCCCUAGAAGAGGGGCAACAAAGGGCGUCCCUCUGUGAAUGGUCUGUAGGCUGUGAAUGCUCAGGGACAGCACUGCGUGGCACACCAAGCUGUGUCGGUGCUCGUGUCCCAGCAGUGCCCUGGCACAGCUCUGUGCCCUCAGCACUGCACUGGGUGCCUGUGUUCCCCUGCUCAGCACUGUGGGAGCUCUGUGGCUGUUCUGAGACAGCUGCCUCUGGCUAUGAGGUUUCCACAUCUCUGUCUCGGAUUCUGUGCAGGGAUGUUGAUGUGAAAGUGGUGUUUGUGCCUCCAGAGCCCCCGCAUGGUGCUGUGCUCCUCACUGGAACAAAUGCAGCACUGUGCAGCCCACCUGGGCACUGCUUGUGGCCCAACCCUGCUCACACUGCCUGGCCUUCGCAUUGAAAUCCCACCCUGCAGGAACAGCACUGCUGGUACUGAGGUGGCACAGCUCAGCCCUUGGGGAGGCUCUAAGGGACACUGGGACAGGGCUCAGUGGGUGCUCAGGGGAUGGAGGGGCUUGCAUGGGAUUGUGGAUUUGAGACUGGUUUUGCUCAAGCCCUGCUGGUGGUGCACAGACACCUCUGCAGAGGAUGCACUUGUGUGCUGCCAUCCAGAGCACAGCUCCUGAGGCACUGGUGGCUGAGCUCCUGCAGGGGCUGAAAGGGUUAAAUCUACUUUGCUGUGUUAUUUAAAAAAAAAAAAAAAAAAAAGAAAGAAAAAGCCAUUUCCUUCAUGUCCAGAGACAGUUUAUUUUCUGGGCAUUCUUCAGGACUCGGGGAGGUGCCUUUUCUUUAAGGCAUUUCCUGUAAGCAAGUUUAUAUUUGGACUGGGGAGGGGGCGGAGAGGAGGCGGGUGGGGAUGGAGCCAGAACUUGGUGGGGUGACCUCAGCUUUUGGCUGCUUCUCCCAAAUUGUUCAAGGUGGGGGAAGGAGGGGACCUGCAUGUCCCUGUCCUGCUGGGCCCUGCAGUGGCUGUCCUGCUUGCUGGUGCCCAGGGCACAUUACACAGCUGGGUCAGACCGAGUGGGACAGAACAGAGCCCUGUCUGUGUUGGACCCUCUGUGGUCCAAGUAGGUGCCACAUCCCCUCAGCACACCGUGCCUUUUGUAAUCCCUUUGGAAUUCCCUUCUUGCUGUUUCUGACCUGCCUCAUGGCUGCCUCAGUGCUGCAGAGCAGCGGGGACCCACUAAGUUCAAUUAAGCACUAUUCUCUCUGGUGCCUGUGAAGGUUUCUGGUUAGCAUUAGGCAGUUAUGGGACAGAGGGUUUUAUCUUCACCAUGGUUUGCCCCUGCUAACGCUGCAGGAGCUGUCCUGCCCUGCCCAAGGAAGGACUUGCCAUCCCUGCAGGUGAUGGGCACAUCCCUGCCAGAGCCCAGAUUCCAGGGCUCGCUGUUGGCCACCUCUGUCUAACUGUGUUCCUGCUGCCCUCGCGGUCGCUUUGGUUCUGGUUAAAAAGAAACAUAAAGCAGGCAGGUAAUACGUAGGAUCAUCAAAGCGCAUUGUGCUCUUGGUGUUUGCAGAACAGAUUGAACUCUUUUCCUGCUGAUACUUGAUCAGAUGUUUCUUCUUGUGCAAAGUCACCAGGGCUUACUGCAGGAGCUGCGGCUGCCGGGGGUAAGAUGCAGCAGGUUGGGGUCGAGCAAUUCUCCCAUUGUUCCCCGUGCCAAGUUUCUUCUCCCCCAUUUUGUUUUCUUUUUAUUACUGUGAUUUCCUAACAUCGGAAGAGGCGAGUUAUGAAACUGGAGUUAUCCAAACACGUCUUGUUUGAAGAUAGCGUUUCAUCCAGCAGAUGCAGCUUCCUGCCCUGUAAAUGGUUUUCAUUGUUUCUCCUUGGCUGCUGUCCUAUGGCUGUUGGGGCCGUGGUGGUGCCGUGGGGCGGGCAGCCCCCAGCAGGGUGUCGUGGCAGUGAGGCACUGUGAUGGAGCUGAGCUGUGAGCGCUGCUGCUGGGGGUGGCACUGGGAUGUCGGGGGGCUCGCUCUGGGCUGCCCCUGUGUGUGGGUUGGGAAGGCAUGAGCUGCUUUGGGACUGGUGGGUACCAGCUCAGGUGGGCCGUGUCUUUGGUGGGAGGUGGUCAGCUUUUCCUGUAUGUGUUUGUUCUCCUAUCUAGAAAGUGGGAUUUGGUGCCAUUUCUCAGCCGGUGCUCAGCACUGCUCCAAUUCCAUAUGUCUGAGUGGGAUCAGACCUUAGGGCCCGUGAUCAGUGCCAGCUGCUGAAAUGGAGACAGGAAACUGCAAAGCAGUCACAAGCAUCACGCUGUCACCCGCUCCUUUCGUUCACAUUCCAGCUGCACACCAGGGCUGUAUGCAAGGGCAGCUGCUGGUCUGAGGUUUGCCUUUGAGCUGUGAAAGAGGAACAAAUCAGAGGAGAUGGUGAGAGCGGCCAGGUGAUGCUGUUCGGGUUGUCAGGGAUUGUUCUUGACACAGCAAUCGUGUCCUUCUCAGGUCUGUCAUAGGUAGGAGGUGAGUGCCUGCCGGAGCCAGGGCUGGGGUUGGGUUCACGCUCCCCUUUGUGCCUGGCAUCUGUUGUUUCCCUGCCUAAAGACUGCGGAGCUCUCUCUGCCUUGUGGGUGCUCGCACUGCAGCUGCCCCUGAUGGGGAACCGUCAAACCACCAUCUGACCGUUGUCUCUGACUGAAGGGUUUUCCAGUAGGACGGUUAAAUAGGAAAUAGGGAAAGUAGUGAUAUGCUCCUCAAACAGCUGCUGCAGAGAUGACAGAUGUGUGUGUCAGUGAGAUGGGAGGCCGGUCUGCUCCCCACCCCACGAGUGAUGGGUGAUGUCUGCUGCGGUGGCAAGGAGCUGGAAAUCCCAUGUUGGUGAUGGGAGCAGCCAGCCCCCAGCACAGCCACAGGAGUUGGUGGCUGAGCGCUGAGGGCUGGCAGUGCUGGUGGGGCUGUCCAUUGCUCUGCCCCGCUGCUCACUCCCUGGUGCUCUCAUCUGUGGGAGCAAUCAUUUACUUUUUUUUUUUUAAUUUCUUUCUUCUCAUGAAUGGGGGGGGGAUUUUGGGCAUGUCCUUUACGGGAUGUGAGGCCACAGAUGUUUGCUCAUUAACUACGCCCUGCAAAGCUGCUGGCAGGGAUUUGCACGUUGACGCUUUUCCUUCCUGCUCUGCCAUGGCCGCCUGGCCCCGCGCUGCCCCCUCCCACUGCCCUGAGCCGUGCUGUGGGGCCCUGCUUGCUUUGGUGUGCUGAGGUGUACAGCAGGGCUAUGAAGGAGCCUUCAUCUCCGUCUCUGUGCUUUGGUCACAGCCUGUCAGGGGGUGGAAGGGAGCGGGGUCAGAAGGUGGAGCGAUUGGUGUUUGAUGAGGUUCAUCCUCUGUCUUCGUAGAGGAGGAAAUACGGAGAACUGAGAAACUUGCCUUGGCAGAGCGAGCCCUGCUGGCACAAGUCCUGCCCCAGCAGAGGCAAGGCUGCGACCCCGGCCCCACACUGGGCUGAGGGUGCUGAGCUCCGCCAUCCCCGGGAUCCUCCUGGGCUGCAGUGGCCGCUCCUCGCCUGCCCCACUGUGCCCCAUCCCGGCCGUGCAGGAGCCGCGUGUGGCUCCCGGCAGCAUGGCGAUGGGCUCGGGGACGUGGGUGCUGUGCCUUCCUGUGCGCUGGGCUCUGAGUCCCUUCAGAGAACAGACGCUACUCAGAAAUCAGUGACUCAUAAAAAUAGACGUGGAUGAUUUUUAGAAAGGUGCGAGCUGUGUGAUUUACCGCAAAUGUCAUCAGCUGCAGCUCUGAGGUAGGUGCUCUCUGAGGGAAAGGGUUGCUUAGAAGCAUGUAGGCAGCGACAGCACUGCUGGGUCUGAGCCCUGAUGGUGUGAGGAGCCAGAGCCCUGAGUGGGUCUUGCUGUGACGGAACUCCUCCUUCAACGGGGGAUUUCACAGGGAUGGGAAGCUGGAAAAAAAGUGUCUGUUCCAUCCGCAAGGUGCUUCUUGCCAGUAAGUGGCCUCUGUUUUCUAAUGUUGAUGAUGCAAAUGCUUGGUGUGUUGAGUUUGGGAUUCCUGCUGCCUUCCAGCUCUGGGGCUCUGCUCAGUGUGACCCGGGGAGGUUUUCCCUGCUCCUGACCCCGCUGUGUGCAGCUGCUGCAGGUAGAGCACCACUGGGAUCACUGGGCAGGGAUGUGAGCCUGCCUGAAGCCCUCAGGUGGCCACAGAGUGCUGUUAACGAUCAGAGCUACAGGAGAGGGUCAUUUUCACCAUUGCUGAGAAUUAUUUCCGUUGCUUACAGCACGUGUAGGGGUUUAGGAGUGGUCCCCAUGGCUCCCGUUGUGCGUAAAGGGGUGGGACUGUGCCUCAGUGCAGGUGGGUGGGUGGGUGUGGAGGGGGGAGCGGGGCUGGCCUGGCAGAGCUGGCUUCCUUGGUGCCAGGACCAGCUGGGUGAGCCGGGUCUGUAAUUCCCACUGCAGACACAAGGUUUGUCUUUCACUGGGGUUCAACAUCUUGAUUGUCAGGCCAGCAUGUGAGUCUGUAACAUUGCUUGAGGCCAGCUUUUGCAUCCUGUUUUAUGAUAUUCCCUGACAUUCCCCACAUUCCUGGCAAGGAGAUGUCUGUAUUUAAAAAAAAAUAUAUUCCUUUGUCUCUUUGCAGAACUGUGACAUCCUUUAAAACUACUCCUCAGCAGUUCUGUUGGCUGCUCUCUCUGUUAGCUUCUCAAGGAAAUGGAAGCCUUGAGCUCAGGCUGCUGCCUCCACCAUCUCGUGGUGGGGAGGAGGAUGGGGGGAAUGGCCCCUGUGGGGCUCAGCACAGCUCCAUGAAUCUCAGCUCCGUGCUGCUUGGUCCCACCUUUGCUCUGGGGUUUAAUUCUGACCUCCAUAUGUUUGUGGUGACUCUGUGCUUGUGUUGCCUAUCUCAGCAGUGUGGUCUAGGGGUUCUGGUUUGGGAGAAUUUUGCAGAGUGCGAAGUCACCACUGUGGUCCAUGGGUUGGAGCCCUGCCCUGCGUUGGCCUCUGCCCUGCUACUGGAUAUCAGGAGGAAAGUCAGAGGGCACAGGGGGCUGUGCAGUGCUAUGUGCAGUGGGGAUGAGAGCUGUUGUGCUCCCCUUCAGGUACUGAGAACAAGGUGGGGAGUAAAUGGGCUGAUGUGUAAGGGUGGGGGUUUGUCCCGAACCAAUACUGCUUGCUAAGUAUUGGUGUGCAUGAUGCUAAGCUAAGCACCAAGCUAAGCUGUGGUGUGCAUGAUGAAAUAUCAGCGACAAUGUGGCUGCACCUCAAAUGGACCAGAAGACCAGGCUGAGGAGGAGCAUGAACCCACAAACGCGCCCCCAGGGCUGCCUGCCUCCCCCUCCCCGGGGUCUGUGCUCCCGCUCCCCUCUCCCACCUCCAGACGCUGCCUGGCUGCAGACCCAGGCGGCAGCUCCUGCCCUGCUGCUGUGCCUGGAAAUAGCAGUCUGGCUUCCUCCCGUGGCGCCGUGGGAGCAGCAGUGACAGGAAGGUCCGGCAGGGAAGGGCACAGAGGAGGCUUUUCCUGAGGAGAAUUGGAGCAAAGUCCCUGUGCUGAGUGCAGAACUCACUGAGCUCAUUGCCCACCUUGCCUACAGUGUGCUCCUGCUGGCUGAGCCCAAAUGGCCCCCAGCACUGUAAAUAGGGCCACUGCUUAUCGCUGGUUGGCUGUGCGCUGCUGGCUUGCUUUUAGCAGCACCAUUUGCUUUUAGACAAGACUUCUCAGUUCAGGGACUCCACUGACCUCCUGCAUCAACACAGCUUUGCAGCGCUUUGAGAAGCGCUGGUGCAGCAUUCCAUGAGCCAGUCCUGGGCAGCCCCGGUCCCUUCCUUGGAGCACAGAGUGGCAGGAGCAGUGCUGCCUCUGGGGCCCGGUGCUUCCUCGCAUCGUUUGGACAUGAGAUCACAUUUGGAAGUGGUUUCGGACUCCUCCCGUGUUGGUGGAAAUUUUGCACAUGGUCACUGGUAACUUGGAUGGCCACGGAGAUGCCUUUGUGUCCAUGGAACUGCUUGCAAAUGGCAGCCUCGUGUCCCUGCUGUGACGUGUGGGUGCCUGUGCCAGGCUGUGACAGUUGAGUGCCUGCAUCCUGCUCCCCGAGGUAUGUUCCAUAUGGAUCUCAGCUGUCUCCUGAGCUUCAGUCCUGCUCCAACGAGAGGGUCUUGCAGCUCAUUCCCUAUUUGUGCCAAAAGCACCGAAUGAGGAGUGCACAGUGACAGAGAAUGUGCUUUUCGUUACAAAGGCUAAUGCCAUGUCAACCAAAUCUGCUUACCCCGAGCGUGCUGUGCCCUGGGCUGCAGCCUGCAGGGCUGUGUGAGCACUGCCUGCAGGAAUGGAGGAAGGCACGGGGCAAAGCCAAGCGCCGUGAGCACCAUCAGGGAUCUGGAGCAUAUUCAGCCAUUAGGUCUGUGUAUCUUGAACGGCUGGCACUCCUCCUCUUGUCCCUGAACCACCCUUUUCCCAAAGCUUCUGCUCCUCUUUGAUGUCUCGAUGGCAGCAGCCCUUGCUUUCAGUUCUGCCAGCUCUCCCAUGUGAUGUGGUUCCCGCAGGAGAAGCUGAACCCUCCUGCACUCGUGCCAGGCUGUCUGCACACGUGUGGCUGAGGAGAGCUGCUGCAGCUCUGGUGGUGAUUUCACUGAGCAGUGCCCAAUGGGAACUUGGUGGCACUGCCACCACCACUCCUCUCCUGCUGGCUGACUACAGGGAGCAGCACACCCUGCGUGACCGAAGCUCUUUCUGUGUCCAAUGCAAUGGCACGCCGCUGUCUGCCUGUGCCAGGAGUGGUGAUGGUGGCACUGCUGCCAGCAUCUCACACCACACUGCGGGACAGAACCGCCCCUGAGCCGCUGCCGGUGAGUCACAGCGUGGGAGGGCUGUGCAGUGCAGUUGGAGAGCUCGAAACAGUUAAGCAGCGUCCAUCUGUGUGUGUGCACUAUUGCUUUUGCCCCUCCUUAGCUCUCCCACCGCUGCUCCUUGGAGCUGAGCCCUUUGCCCAGGGGCCGGUUUCAGCAGCAUGGUGCAUAGGCCUGCGUGGAACAAGUCAGACCUCCAGCUGCCUGCUUGCCCCCUCAGUGCCUUCUAACGGUGCCCGGGGUGGCUGCUGGCCAUGCUGCUGCUCCUCACUGUGCCUCGGCCUCCGUUCCUGAUGGACAAAGCCAGGACUGACAGCUGCUGCUGUGAAAUUGAAGCCAAGAAGGCUUGUGACUGGCUGCGAGCGGCGGGAUUCCCGCAGUAUGCCCAGCUUUAUGAAGACUCGUUGUUCCCUCUCGACAUCGGCGCUGUGAAGAAAGACCACAGUUUCCUGGACAAGGAUUCUCUCAAAUCUCUCUGCAGGAGGCUGAUGACCCUGAACACAUGUGCCUCCAUGAAGCUGGAAGUCCACUUUCAGCGUAAACAGAAUGAAGACUCUGAGGAUGACGACCUGUGCGCCAUCAGUGACCGGUGGGCUUUCCAGCGGGACAGCAAGAGGUGGUCCCGGGUGGGCUCUGCUGAUGUCCUCUCCCAGGCCUCCGAGGUCCCCACCUCCAGCGUGCGGCAGGCGUCCAGCCAUGAGAGCGUCCUCACUGACCUCAGCACCAACCCGGAGGCUGUGUCCCUUCACAGCAGUGCCAGCAUGGGCAGCACGCUCGGUGUUGCAGCCACACCACCUGACCUGUCCCCCGACCACGGUGCUGCUGUCACCCAGCCCCCCUGCAGCCCCAGCAGCUGCUCCUUGGCCAAGCAGCCCUUGAACCACGGCGAAGGUUCCAAGGAGAAGCCAAAGAAGCGGAGAUCUCGCAGCUUCCUGAAGAGGAUUGAGUCGCUCCGAAGGAAGGACAAAGAGAAAGCUGGCCCAGAUGAGAAGGAUGUUCCACACAGCAGUGUCAUGGCCAAUCCUGGCUGGGACUGCGCAAAGAAUAAUGGGGACCUCUCAACCACCAAGGCCAGCUCCCCUAAAAGAGGAGUAUCUGCCUCUUUCCAUGGCAAAAAACACUUCUUCUCAGUGUCAUACAGGACUAACCGCUUGGUGGGCUCAGGCAGAGGCAAGGUGGGAUCUGACCCAAAACGCGGCGGGCUCCACCUGGAGGCCUGUCAGGCAGCCACAGAGCCCGGUGGUGACUGGGCUGCAGGACAAUGCCAGCACCGGCAGGCGUGCCGUGGGGACUGCCUGGUGUACGUCCCCAGGGACCACAAACCGGGCACCUUUCCCAAAUCCCUCUCUAUUGAGAGCUUGUGCCCCCUGGGCAGCGGCUCCUUGAGCAGCUGGAAGCCGGGAGCCAAGCCUGGGGGUCUGCUGGGGGGCUGUGGCAGCAGCAGCAGUGUGGAGGGCUCAUCCCCCCCGCAGGGCUUUGCCUGCCGUCGCCGCGGUUCCUGCAGCUCCCUGGGCAGCCGGGUGAGCGUGUACGACAACGUGCCCGAGUUUGGCAGCACCGAGGAUCUCUGCAAGGGAGAUGAGGAGGUGACCUAUGAGAACCUGGACGAUAUCCUGCAGCACAUGUGGGGGCUGCAGCAGAAGGUGGAGCUCUGGUAUAAAGCCAUCUCCCCCGAACUGGUGGGGGAAGAAGGGGGCGAGGAGGAAGAGGAGGAGGAGGAGGAAGAAGAGACAGACUCGGGAGGGGAGCCCACCUUCCCCUCCAACCUGCACCUUGAGGAGCGCUCCAUGUCAGACGUCGGCACCUCUGCCAGUGACUUUGACAGCACGGGCAACUCCCUGAACGAGGCCGAAGAGCUGGAGAUGCGGGAGCGCCGCGACUCGGGCGUGGGAGCGUCGCUCACCCGGCCGUGCAGAAAGCUGCGCUGGCACAGCUUCCAGAACUCCCACCGGCCCAGCCUGAACUCUGCCUCUCUGGAGAUCAAUCGCCAAUCCUCUGCUCAGCUCAACCUGCUCCAGAAGUGCUCCUUGCUGCGGCUCACAGCCAUCAUGGAGAAGUACUCCGUACCCCACAAGCAAGCCUGGACGUGGACUGUGCCCAAGUUCAUGAAGCGGAGCAAAGUUCCUGACUACAGGGACAAGUCAGUCUUUGGGGUGCCACCCAUCAUCAAUGUGCAGAGGACCGGGCAGCCGCUGCCACAAAGCAUCCAGCAGGCGAUGCGUUACAUCCGCAGCCAGUGCUUGGACCAGGUUGGCAUUUUCCGUAAAUCAGGGGUGAAGUCCAGGAUCCAGGCGCUCCGUCACAUGAAUGAAACCAGCCCUGACAACGUUAACUACAAGGGGCAGUCAGCGUACGACGUGGCCGACCUGCUGAAGCAAUAUUUCCGUGACCUGCCAGAGCCCAUCUUCACCAGCAAGCUCACCGACACCUUCCUGCAGAUCUAUCAGUUUGUGCCAAAGGAGCAGCAGCUGCAGGCAGUGCAGGCUGCCAUCAUCCUGAUGCCGGAUGAGAACCGUGAGGUGCUGCAGACCCUGCUCUACUUCCUGAGUGACAUUGCCUCUGCCGAGGAGAACCAGAUGACUGCUGGAAACCUGGCCGUGUGCCUGGCCCCCUCGCUCUUCCAUCUCAACGUGUCCAAGAAGGAGAGCACCUCGCCGAGGGUGAUGCACAGGAGAGGCACUAUGGGGAAGCCUGACCAGAAGGACCUGAAUGAGAACAUGGCUGCGACACAGGGGCUCUCCCACAUGAUCACUGACUGCAAGAAGCUCUUCCAGGUCUCCCAUGAUAUCUUGCUCCAGCUGAGCAGCUCUUACAUGGCAGCAGAUGCUUACCCCCAUCCCCUGUCCGAAUUUGUGUGUCAAGGGGAAGGCAAGGAUUUACACUCCUACUUUGAGCAGAGUGUCCGGAACCUGCUCAAAGAGUCAUCAGAGAAAUUCAAGGGAUGGCUGAGCACCCCGGGACCCCUCAACACAGAGCUCUCCUGCAAAAAGCAGGUUGGGGACGGGCACCCCCUGCGCUUGUGGAAGGUAUCCACAGAGGUCGAGGCCCCUCCCUCCACGGUGCUGCAGCGGGUGCUGCGGGAACGUCACCUCUGGGACGAGGAUCUGCUUCAGAGCAAAGUGGUGGAGGCACUGGACAAGGACAUGGAGGUGUAUCACUACGUGACGGACAGCAUGGCACCUCACCCACGCAGGGACUGCGUGGUGCUCAGGUGCUGGCGCACAGACCUGCCGCGAGGAGCCUGCCUGCUCAUCUCCAUCUCGGUGGAGCACGACAAGCUGCAGGUGGAGGGAGGUGUUAAAGCCGUGGUGCUGACCUCGCAGUACCUCAUUGAGCCCAGCGCCAUGGGACGCUCCAAAGUGACGCACAUCUGCAGGGCUGACCUCAGGGGCCGAUCACCGGAGUGGUACAACAAAGUCUUUGGGCACCUCUGUGCCAUGGAGCUGGUGAGGAUCCGAGAUUCCUUCCCAGCAGUGAGUCCAAAUGGCCCUGAGACCAAGAUCUGAGGAGCUGGGAAGAUGCUGCAUCCUGUCAGACCACAGACUUGCAGCCAAUGGGGCUGUGACACUCAGAGGGGAGUGAGAAGCUGACAUGCCACUAGGAUGGGCACAUAUUUAUAUGCUUCCUUUUAACCUGGGCCUGGUCCCCCCCACAGAGCGCCACGGGCUGCCCUAGCUGUGCAUGGCCCUUCUCUGCUCCCCUGCAGGGCCGUUUGCCACCAUCCCUUGAAGAGACAGGGACAGCUGGACCCCCCACACCUGCUGCUGCUCAUCUGUCCUGGCCCAUGCAUGCUACAGGUCUGGCUGCCGGCAGCGAUGGAGCUGUGCCUCAAGGGGCUUCGUAGGAGAGAUGGACAAGAGCAUCUUGCCCAUGGAAAGGAGAGGGGCUUUGUGUGAUGCCCAAUGGUGAGGGUGUGUGGAGCGAAGCAGGAGGCAGCAGAGGUGUGGGAGCUGAGGGGGCAGUGGAACCAAGGCCAGAGAUCACAGUGCUGUGUCAGGAGGUGAGGACUGGGUGGCGAGGGGAGAAGUGUGCAUGCGCAGUGUCACCCAGUGUGGGGACAGGCAGGGAGCUGGGCUGGGAACCUGUUUGCUGAAGGAUACUUUUACUGGAGGAGAGGACUGCGUAGAUAUCUAUAGAUGCAUUUACUGACAGCCAUUGUCAAGUGGCAGAAGGAAUCUACUGCUAUUACCUUUGGUGCUAAAUUUCAUAGGAGACGAAGGAAAAAGCUGUCUGAUCCACUGCCUUGGUCUUAUUCAACUGAAAGGUGCCCCUGUAAACUGUGUUUUGGUGGGGGCUGGGUGGACGUCCUUCCACACCAGUGUCGGGCAGUUGGAUGGGGGUGGACAAGGCUAGAAACCCAGAGCAGCCGCAGGGAAGCUAACGAAGGGGCAGUGAUGCAAGGGGGGCUGGGGCAGUGGUGCAAGAAGGGUGGAAGUGGGAAGAGGGAUGUGCCCAGCACUGCAGCUCAUAGCUCCUUGCUACAGCUGGAGGCUCUCAGUGCACCUCUACUAGAGAGGGGUGAGGGGUGCAGCAUCCCCACCAGUGGGAGCUGAUCAUGCAGCAUCUGCUUCCACUAAAACAAGCAAAUGGUGAUAGAACCAACUGCUGGAGCCAGGUUUAGUACAUCUCCUGUGCAUUGUACUAAAGAGGCAUGGUGGAUUCACGUCUCUCUGGGCAACUGCAGGCAGCAGAGCUUGUACCCUACAGGUGUGCAGAGCUCCCCAACACACCCUGCAAGGAGCUUGGCUUCCCCUUCCCAGCCCUUCCUUCUUCCUGCAGCGCCCAGAACUGACCUGGUUUCUCCUUUAGUCAGGGACCCAAGUUACUUGACAUCGUUCCAACUGGAAGGCAACACGACCCACGGGCGGGAGCAAUUCCCAGUGCCAGUUUUGCCAUAACAAAUAAUGUCUGUCUCGCUUUUGGUUAAAAAGAAAAUAAAAAUGA